CUCUCUGUCUGUCUCUUCUGUUCCAUUUGCCUCCCCCCACCGCUUCCUCUUUGGUGGGAUCGAAGACACAGAGUUUAGGAGGAACCGCCAUUAAUGAAAUAUUUCAAGAUGAAAUCAGAGACAGCAACCUUAGUGUUCGUGAAUCUCGCUAGUAUUAUGGAGAGGGCCGAUGAAUCUUUACUGCCAGGUGUUUAUAAGGAGAUCGGGGCUGCUCUACACACCGAUCCUACUGGCUUAGGUUCACUCACUCUCUUCCGAUCCAUCGUUCAAUCUUUAUGUUAUCCUCUCGCCGCUUACCUCUCCAUGCGUUACAAUCGUGCUCGUGUCAUCGCUCUCGGUGCUUUUCUCUGGGCUGCCGCUACCUUCCUCGUCGCCGUCUCCUCCACCUUCUUACAGGUGGCAAUCUCUAGAGGUUUAAACGGGAUCGGCCUCGCCAUUGUUAUUCCAGCAAUUCAGUCUCUGGUUGCUGACUCAACAGAUGAUAGCAAUCGUGGCAUGGCCUUUGGGUGGCUUGCAUUAACCGGAAACUUUGGAAGCAUCAUCGGUGGGUUCUGUUCUGUUCUGCUAGCCUCAACUUCAUUCGCUGGCAUACCUGGCUGGAGAAUCUCUUUCCAUUUAGUUGCACUCAUCAGUGUCUUAGUCGGAAUACUCGUUUAUUUCUUCGCCAACGAUCCUCGCUUUUCCAACAGCGAUGUCACCAACAUCAAAGCCAAGCAUCAAGGUCCUUCUAAAUCCUUUUGUUCUGAAAUGAAGGAUAUGAUUAAAGAAGCAAAGUCAGUAAUUGGGAUUCCAUCGUUUCAGAUAAUUGUGGCUCAGGGGAUUUCAGGUUCCUUCCCCUGGUCAGCCUUGUCAUUUGCGACUCUCUGGUUAGAACUCAUCGGCUUUUCUCACGUCGAAACUGCUUUCCUCUGGACUCUGUUCGUUCUUGCUGGUUCUCUAGGGGCUUUGUUUGGAGGCAAAAUGGGAGAUAUCUUAUCUCAACGCUUACCCAACUCUGGCAGAAUAAUGCUCUCUCAAAUAAGCUCUGGUUCAGCCAUUCCUUUAGCAGCGAUUUUAUUGCUGGCCUUACCUGAUGAUCCUUCCACAGCUUUCUUGCAUGGCUUCGUCUUGUUCAUCAUGGGAUUGUCCAUAUCUUGGAAUGCUUCUGCUACUAACAAUCCCAUAUUUGCAGAAAUAGUGCCUGAGAGGUCUCGGACGAGCAUUUAUGCUUUGGAUCGAUCUUUCGAGUCUGUGUUGGCAUCUUUCGCUCCUCCUAUCGUUGGGAUUUUGGCUCAACACGUGUAUGGUUUCAGACCAGUUCCGAAAGGAACCUCGGACUCUGUCGAGAUUGAGACAGACAGGGAAAAUGCUGCUUCGCUGGCGAAAGCUCUCUACACUGCAAUUGGGAUUCCCAUGGCGAUCUGCUGCUUCAUCUACUCGUUUCUCUACUGUACGUACCCGAGGGACAGAGAGCGUGCGAGAAUGGUAGCUUUGGUUGAAUCAGAAAUGCAGAAGCUGAAAGAAGAAGAAGAUGAUGAAGAAGAAAAGGGCGCAGCAGAGGAAUGCUUUAAAGUUGAUGUUUCUGAAUCAAAUGGCGUGAAUGGUGACGCUGAAGAGAGUCCUGAGAUAGAUGAUAAUGAUGAGAAGUAUUUGUUGUCUCGUCAGUUGACAUUUGCUAAUCUAGCCCCAUAGCAAUUGGAUGCUUUUCAUUUAACGACCUGGAUUUUUUGAUCGACAAGCAGGGCUAGACUAGAGUGAAUGUUUCAUCUGUUCCACGACUCACAAAAAAUGGAUUGAUCAAUGAUCAUGUUCAUUCUUCGGUCGUUUAUAUUAUACAAAUUGAUCGUAUAUAUUCUUGCCAACGCCUUUGAAG